UUAACUGUCAAAAAUUUGUGUUUUAGAUAACCUACAAUUUCUGAAAAACCAAAAAAAUUCUAAUUUAAUUUUUAUUUGUUAAUAGUUCAUUUAUUUACUAACCAAACAUAAUAAUGUUUCCUACAAGUACACAGUGUAAAUAUUGGAUGUUUGAGAGUGAAGAAGAUCUCAACAAACUUAGGGAAAAGGCAAAUUCUAGGCAUAUUCAAACUUAUGGAAAACAAGUUAAUGAUGCUUCUAAAUACGAAUUUUUCCUUACUCCCGAGGAAGAAAAGAUAAUGGUUAAACGAUUUGAACUUCAUCUAAGAGAUUUUUGUAAAAGAUUUCAACCACCUAUGCCUAGAUACGUUGUUGGAACUUCUUUUCAUUACUUUAAGCGAUUUUACAUAAAUAAUUCUGUCAUGAACUACCACCCAAAAGAAAUUAUGGUCACCUGCAUAUAUUUAGCUUGUAAAGUAGAAGAAUUUAAUGUUUCUAUCCAACAGUUUGUAGCCAACAUUAAAGGAGAUCGAGAGAAAGCUACAGACAUUAUUUUAAACAAUGAAUUGUUAUUAAUGGAACAACUUAGUUUCCAUUUGUCAAUUCAUAAUUCUUAUAGACCUGUGGAAGGGUUGCUUAUUGACAUUAAGUCGAGAACUAACCUACAUGAUCCAGAAAGGUUGAGGUCAGGGACAGAACACUUUUUAGAAAGAGCUUUGUUAACAGAUACAAUACUACUUUACUCUCCUAGUCAAGUAGCUUUAGCUGCAGUUUUACAUGCCGCAUCGAAGCUUCAAGAAAAUUUAGAUUCAUAUGUAACGGACACGUUGUUUGGAGAAGAUGGUAGAGACAAGUUAAGCGAAUUGAUUGAAGCUGUCAGAGCAAUUCGUUCAAUGGUUAAAAUGGUUGAUUCAGUCCCAGAUAGAAAUCAACAGAAAAUUUUGGACAAGAAACUAGACAAAUGCAGAAAUCCUGAAAAUAACCCAGACAGUGAAAUAUAUAAAAAGCGCAUGCAGGCUAUGCUAGAUGAAGAUGACGAUGUGUACCAUGCUAUUGCUUCACAUAACUACUCGAUGGAUAAUUCAGCACUUAAUAUGUCUAUACCAGCUUCUCCUGAAGUGGCAUAAUCUAUUCUUAUUUAAUUUAUGAAAUUAAAAAUCAAAUUGUGAUAUGAUCAUUGGUUGUAUUUUUUUCGUAUUAAAAAUAAAAAACCGAAG